CAACACCGAUACGCAUGGAGCCUCCAUCACCUCCGCUCUCUUUUACGCACCGUGUCCAAUAAUGCGCGCAGGUAUAGGGACCUUAAAUGCCACAUUUCCUGCCGCUGUACUGUGCAACUAAUGUCCUUUUAUGGACUAAUAUGAAAUAAGUGGAUGUAGAGGUCUGACAGUCAAGAAAGGAGGCAUAAUUCUUGUGGAUCGUUCUUGUUUUCCAUCAACGACAGUCAGCAUGGAUGUCUUGGCGAACCACAGUAUCUUUCAGGAACUUCAGCUCGUACACGACACCGGCUACUUCUCUGCCAUGCCUUCGCUGGAGGAAAAUUGGCAGCAGACCUGCCUAGAAUUGGAGCGUUAUCUGCAGACGGAGCCAAAGCGUCUGUCUGAACUCUUCGACCAAGACCUGGAUGGUCUCCUAACUCCUGCCUACCUAAAGGAGGAUGGUGAAGAAGAACUGGCAGACACCCUGCUCCCCAGCCUGCCCAGCCUCCCUGAGCCUCCGAGCCCACCUCCAGUUAUCCUCUGCCCAAUGCGAAAGAACUUACCCUCCACCGGUGCAAUGAAAAAAGACCUCAAACCCAAGGGGCAGGGGCUGGAAAAUGUAGAAGGGAUGGAGGGAGUCCAUCAGGCUCAGCUGAGUGCUGUCACCUCCCUGACACCCCCAUCGUCACCAGAACUGGGCCGGCAUCUUGUCAAACCCAACCAGACGCUGACGGCGUCAGCUGAUGGGACACUCACUCUGAAGCUGGUGGCAAGAAAGGUGGGCCUUAGUGCAGCCCGGUUGGUCGCAGCACAUACACUUCCUGUCCAAAUGAAGGAUGAAGAGGAGGGGGCUGCAUGUGUGAUUGGGGUUGGGGAGCUACCGGAAAACAAGAAAAGGAUCCAUCGUUGUCAGUUCAAUGGCUGCAGGAAGGUGUACACCAAGAGCUCCCACCUAAAGGCCCAUCAGAGGACACACACAGGUGAGAAGCCGUACAAGUGCUCAUGGGAGGGUUGCGAAUGGCGAUUCGCCCGGAGCGAUGAGCUGACAAGGCACUACCGCAAACACACUGGCGCAAAGCCUUUUAAGUGCAACCACUGUGACAGGUGUUUCUCGCGGUCGGAUCACUUGGCACUACACAUGAAGAGGCACAUCUGAGGAAUCUGUGAGAGGUCAGUGGGAGUGGACGUGAAGGGAAGAGGAUGAAGGCGGAGUGGAAGAAGGAGAGGGAACAUCAUCGGCAGAAAAAUAACACCAUAGAUGUGAGAGACAGACAGCAGGAUGGGCUCAGAAAAAAAAAACAAACCCUAUUUGGCCAUUCUGGACUGAAGGGAGAGGCACCACACAGGGAUGCUGACUACAGACAGAAACACCGUCAAUCUGUGCUCAGCCAGUUGGUCCAUGAUUCCACAUCGUCACUUGUCUCCCGGUGUUGUCACGUGGACAAUACUGACACUCCAUCUCACCCUUCAUGUGUUUGUCAGAGGGGAUAUCAAAUGAUGAAUGGUGGACCAUGUGCCUGUAGUUGGCAGCUCUUUGCUUUAGUCAUCCUUGCAGUCUUUGCAAUCAUCCCUCUGUGUAACACUUCCAAAAUUUCAGCCCUGGUCAUGCAGCAGUGGCCCACGUGCCAGUGAGUAUGCCAAUGCCAAACUGGACUAGUUGUACAGUAAUUUUAUACUGCUAGCAGCAGACCUGCUCUUUGUAUAUUGACUAUUUCCUCUUUUUAACAUACCUUAACAUGAGGAGAACAGUUCAUUUUCAACAGUAGCUGAGCAGCAGCAUCUCAAAGGAUAAGCAAGUGAGAAAGAUGGUUUUCACUCCUUCAAACCAGCCACAGCCUUUACAGUUCACCAAAGGGUUUAUCAUCUUAUAUUUAGGACAGAUAAUAACUUGACUGUGUUUCAUCUAACUUCUGUCACAUCUGCUAAAUGGAUGCAUUAUAAAUCCUUCUGGUUUGAUGGCAUCAGAGUUUUAGUUUGAAGACUGGAUUUCCCAAAGACUUGACAACGGGAGUGUGCAGCACUAAUGUGCUGUGAAGAGUGAUUGAGGUCAUCCAGAGGGCUGGCUUGCUGUAUGAACAUCAUCCUUUGAGGGUUACCACAGGAUGAGGCUAACUAAUCUACAGUGCUCUGGGAAAGACUGUUCAUCUCCUAGAAUGUCAGCAUAGACCAAGCAUGUCAUGAGAUGCUAGAUUGCUCCUAAGAGUGUUUUUCCUCUCCGGGAUCUUGGCUCUACAAGGAGUGGUUGUCAGAAACUGUUGCACAAUUGACUCUUUGCAAAAUUUUUGUAAAAAUACCCCAACUUCUUGAACUUUAAGACAAUUUAAGACUCCUCAAAUGCUGGCUUUCACAUACCGCCAGAGCGUGGACAGCCAAAUGCACAAGUCAAAGCAGCAAGUUGACUGAGAUAACACAGUAAACACAAACAAGAUCUCUAUGUAUGUAAAGGUUUUAUUGUUUCUAAGAAAAGAUUCUCCUAUUUGUUCAGAAAAGACAAUUGAAAAGACGGUUUUGACAAACACACUGGAAAUGGAUGCAGCCAAAAAGAAAGAAAAGUGUCUACUAUAGAUGCCUGAAAUGAUCUCUUUGGCAUUUGAGAGUGAUUGGCACCUAACUAGCCACUGGGUUGAGGGGGGUUCUGUCCUGUUCACACCACCCAUACAGAAGUCAAACUACUUAGCAAAUGUCAGACUUAAUUUCAGAAAAAAAAAA